CUCCUGGUCCCAAACUUGGAUUUCAGCUUUCUACAAGUGUCGGAGAAAUUUGCUGUGGGACUUCUUCCUCUCUGAGACUUUACGGCAGCUAAGGAUCUCUGAUAAUGGGCGACUGGAGUGCUCUGGGUCGCUUGCUGGACAAGGUCCAGGCUUACUCCACUGCGGGGGGAAAGGUGUGGCUGUCGGUCCUCUUCAUCUUCAGAAUCCUGGUCCUGGGUACUGCGGUGGAGUCAGCCUGGGGAGACGAGCAGUCUGCAUUCAAAUGUAACACCCAGCAGCCUGGCUGUGAGAAUGUGUGCUACGACAAAUCCUUCCCUAUCUCCCAUGUGCGCUUCUGGGUCCUCCAGAUCAUCUUCGUGUCCACGCCCACACUUCUCUACCUGGCUCAUGUCUUCUACCUGAACAGAAAAGAGCAGAAAUUCAACAGGAAGGAGGAGGAGCUUAAAGCUGUGCAAAAUGAUGGAGGUGAUGUUGACAUCCCGCUGAAGAAAAUUGAGAUGAAAAAGCUAAAGUAUGGCAUUGAGGAGCAUGGCAAAGUGAAGAUGAAAGGGGCCCUACUCAGAACCUACAUAGUCAGCAUUUUCUUCAAGUCUUCGUUUGAGGUGGGCUUCCUAGUUAUCCAGUGGUACAUAUACGGCUUCAGCCUUUCUGCAGUGUACACCUGUGAGAGAGACCCCUGCCCACACCGGGUGGAUUGUUUCCUGUCCCGUCCCACUGAGAAGACCGUCUUCAUCAUCUUCAUGCUGGUAGUGUCACUGGUGUCCCUGAUGCUCAACGUCAUCGAGCUUUUCUAUGUGUUUUUCAAGAGGAUCAAAGAUCGCGUGAAGGGCAAGCAGCCGCCCAUUCACUACCCCACCGGAGGCACGUUGAGCCCCACCCCGAAAGAACUGUCCACAACCAAGUAUGCCUACUAUAACGGCUGUUCCUCCCCCACGGCCCCACUCUCACCCAUGUCCCCCCCAGGCUACAAACUGGCCACAGGGGAGCGGGGAACCGGCUCAUGCCGUAAUUAUAAUAAGCAGGCCAAUGAGCAGAACUGGGCUAACUAUUCCACAGAGCAGAACCGCCUCGGCCAGAAUGGUGGAGGAAGCACUAUUUCAAACUCCCACGCACAAGCCUUUGACUUCCCAGAUGACACCCAUGAGCAUAAGAAACUGUCCUCCACAGCAGGACACGAGCUGCAGCCGCUGGCGCUGAUGGACGUGCGGCCCUGCAGCCGGGCCAGCAGCAGGAUGAGCAGCCGAGCCAGGCCGGACGACCUGGACGUGUGAGCCCUGCGUCCUCCUCCUCCCAACUGUGGCCAUGUGUGGCUGCAGCCAGAGAAGCAGAAACACUCCGUCACAUGUAAGAGUGGGGCUAACCUCAAUCACUGUCUGCAGCAUAGAUAGUCUUAGUCACUCAAAGAGACAUUCAAACUUGUUAUGUAACACUGUCAAAGGUACAAGUUGCAAGUAGCAAAUAUUUUUCAAUGAGUUUUAGUGGAGGGAAGAGUCUAACAGGUGGCUCAGCGUGUUGAUCUGCUUUGAAUUUGCCCCGUUACAUUAAAGCAAAAUUCUGUUUUCUUCUUGUUUUCAUAGUUCCUGCUAUUCUUCCUAUUGGUGACAGCUUUUUACUUACCACUGUCAUUGUCAUAGCUGAAGGUAUGGUGACAGCUUUACAACAGUGUGCCUUCUUAGUUGUGGUUUUUUUUUAACAAGUGACCAGAUAACAACAAGCUUCUCGGCUGACUCUGGUUCAUUUACAGUUGUUGUUUUUUCCUCUGUUGACCAAUAUGCAUUGUCCCUGUCAAAUAAACUGAGAAAGAAAACUAGACUCCAGUAGGUCAAGAAACAAAUGUCCAUAUACCCAUAUGUCCAAAAUCCCUAGUUUAGCCAAAUGAUGUAUGCCAUACUCUUUGGAGUUUAAAGAGUAAGUUGAGAGUGGACCAAACUCAACAAAGUUUUAUUCUAUGCUUAGUUUAAAGUAACUAAAACUCUUUAGUUUGUUUCCUUUCUGUUUAAAAACCACCACAUAGGAUGUAGACUAACCAGUUAUGAGGUUUUAUGGUGUGUUCCGGUUGGACUUGGAAGUCAGAAUUUGUUGUACACACAGUCCAUCUUCAAUCUGUGUUUGUGUGUGUAAAAUACUGCGCAAUGCAAUGUUAUCAACUGGUAUUGCUAACAAUAGCUAACAGAGCUAACCUGGCUAGAACUUGGUUUUCCUACUUGUUGUACUCUGAUUUCAGACUUUCAUGUACAGCUGGAACUCACUAUUAUUGCAGAACGAUGUCACACCAUUUCACUUUAGAUCCUGGUACACAGCGGUCUUGUUAGCUGUUUGAACAAAUGUUUUUCUGGUGAGGAUAGUCCUGUGUGGCUGCUCUGUGAUGGACACACACACACACACUCUUUGGUUUUCACGUACAUAACUAUCUUAUCCCAGUCCUCGAUUAACAUUUCAGUCCCAACAAAGACAGAAGUUAUUGUCCAGACUAAGCAGCAGUGCUCCUUCUCUUGGGACCGACAGUAAGGCGUAGGGCAGGAUGCUUAAUAUCAAUUGUAGUGAAUAUUUAUUGCUUGGUAUCAGUAGGACACCUACCACUAAGAAGAACAAUUGACUACUAUUCAGUAUCUCUUACUCACAGAAAUCAUAUUUUAUUAACUCCCCACAAACUGUAUAUUUAUUGACAGUAAAUAAUUUUUUUCUCUUUAGUAACUUUGUCAGUCAGCAUGGUUGUUUCCUGAUAAACUUUGAAUUUAUGUGGUGUUAUGUUUCCAUUUGUCUUUGGGGGUGUGUGUGUGAGAGCGGCAGGGCUGAGGGUUCAGCGAACAUAAAGAAAGGCUUUAUUACUUUGUGUUAUCUUUUUUCUUCUUUGGUGGCCUGUAGAGAAAGACAGUAGAAUGAUUUCCUGUGUUUUAUAUAUUUGAGUGAAUGAUUUUUUCAUUCUGUAGGUAUUGUUUUAUUUUUCAGACUCAAUGUAACCGUUGCUGCUUGAGAAAUAAAUAUUUAGUACUGUAAAUCAAGCUAACUGUGUCACAAUAAACAAUUUGAGUUUUUAGAAGACUGCUUAUAGAUCUGGACUAAUAUUUAGUCAGUUAUAUUAAGAUGUAUGCCAAUGUAGCUCCACAACUACCAAACACUAGGAUAAAUCUCUAUUUGGGCUUUUUUAUUUUAAUUAUAUAUUUUUUAAUUGUCAUUUGUGCAUCAUUUUGUCGGUACUUACAUGUGUCAUGGAUCUUUCAGCUACAAUAGCAUUUGCACUGAGAUCUUGGUGGUAGAGAUGAAAUGUGAUGCACACAGGUAGUGGUAAGAGUUUUCUGAUACACAUGUUACUAAUUUAUUUUAUAACACAGUAAUCACUACAGUGCAAACUAUCAGACAUCUGACCACUGGUUCUGUGAGAGAACAGGAGCAGUAGUCAUUUGUUGCCAUAAUUCAGACAAUGCUAAUCCAUGGGGAUCCACUGUUGUACAGUGUAAGUGCAAAAACUCAUUCAUUGUAUCUGUGAAAAGCUAUUUUAACCAAUAAAUGUAAAACAAUUGACAAAAAUGUA